AUGCCUGGGAACAGCGCACUCCUGCCGCCAUAUAGCUUGGCUCCAGGGCUGACGAAAUACCUCCAGAGCAAAGUCGCCGAAGAAGGCCAGAUGUUUGAUGUGGACUUCUACGCAUCCAAGCAGGAGUUCGAUGAUGCUCGGGAGUGGUCCUGGGCACAGCUGGGCGUAGCAUUCAACAGUGGUGCCAGAGACUACAGACCCAGACCUACAUCAACUGCGGAUUCCUCCAACAGACUGCGGGACAAGCAGCGUGUGGAAUCCCGCUGGGCGCUAGGUGAGUUUGGCAACUCAUCCCUUGAAUUCUACGGCCCUCACGGCGAGUUGGUCGCUUGUGGCUAUGAGGCCAUCGUGUAUGGGGACCAUGGGCCAUACGUGGAGUUCAAGGAAGAGCAGAUCUAUUGGCCGACCUUCUACCGGCAUAGGCUCAAAGGCCCUGGAAGGACGCACUUUGAGCACUACAACCAUGAUGUGUCCAUCAAGCUGUAUGGUCAGUUCAAGACAGUGGCUGAUCAACCCAAUCCGCCGGCUGCGUUUCCGAAUCCGUUCUCCUGCUCGAAUAACCGGCCGGAGGGAUAUGCAGACUACCGGGCGGGAAGGCUCUACAUGUCGUGCGACGCGUUCUUUGAGGUAGGUGGCCGCUGUGUAUAG